AUGCAGCAUGCCACCGCCGAGCGCGAGCGGCGCGCUUCGUCUUCUGUGAACGACGCGCCCGCCCACAUAGCGCCUGCUGGGCCAGUCAACACGGGUGGCACCGCCGGCGAUGCCGAGCCGCGCCUCAUCAACGUCCUCGUCACGCCAAAACUCUCUUUUGCCCUCCGGCUGCAGCCUGGCUGGAAGCGGGCGUCCGACAUCGAGGAGGACGCGCUGCGGCUCGCCUUCCUCGCUCGCUUCCCCGUCAAGCUGCGCGCCGAGCACCUCACCUUCCGGUGCGCGACGCCAGCGGCCAGCCUCGAGACGGGCACGCUCGUCUACCGAAUCGGCGCCGCAGACGUGUCCGAGGACCGCGUGCUCCUCUCGGUGCUCUCGGAGCUCGACAAGUCCUACACGGCAAAGUUUGAGGCCGCCCUCGAGCGGGCGCGCGCCGACUGCCUGUCGGCCUCAAACUGCUUCCAGGUCGUGGCGGACGAGGAGCGAGACCAGCUGCGCGACCAGCUGCUGCGCGCGACAACCUCCUCCAAGCGAGCCGUCUCGGAGCUGCGGACCAACCUGGGAGGCCUCGCCGAAGAGAACGCAUCGCUGCGGCGUGCUGCGACUCAGACGGACGGCGCGCAGGACGAGGCGGCGGCGCGCGAGGAGAUGGCGCACUGGCAGCAGCAGCUCUCCGCGGUGAGCGAGUGGCUCAAGACGGGCGCGGCGCUACUUCAGGACGCGCCUGGCGUCUCGGCCUCGACGAGCGUUCCCUCCGGCUGA